AUGGAGAACGCACAACAAGCGCCAGAGCCUGGCUCGCUGAGCUGGAGACUCAGUAGUCAUCCCAUCACACUACUUACUUUCCUCUUCUUCCGCAUCUCCUCCCUACUAGUCUACCUCCUUGGCCUCCGCCUGCUCACCUCCAACUUCGUCCUCAUCUUCAUCAUCACCAUCCUCCUUCUCGCAAUCGACUUCUACUACCUCAAGAACAUUGCGGGCCGCCGCUUGGUCGGACUACGAUGGUGGAACGAAGUCGAUGCCAACACUGGGGACGGCCGCUGGGUAUUUGAGAGUCUAGACCCGGAAACCGGACGCCAGAUCAAUGCAACGGAUAAGAGGUUCUUCUGGUUGGCGCUGUAUGCGCAGCCCGUGUUGUGGGUAUUGCUUGCGAUUGUGGCUUUAGUGAGCUUUGAGUUUAUUUGGUUGACGCUUGUCGUCAUCGCACUCGUGCUUACCAUCACGAAUACACUCGCCUUCUCUCGUUGCGAUAAGUUCAGCCAAGCGACUGGCUUCGCCUCCAACGCCAUGUACGGUUCGGGCCUUGCAAGGAACUUGGCUGGCGGCUUAAUGUCAAGCAUACUCAGGCGGUGA